AUGAUGAUGACAGUUUUACUUUGUAUUUUUCUCUUGUUUGCUUCCGUAUCCAAGUACUCUCUUGCACAAGUUGAUGCCACUUCUCUCCAAGUAAAUUGGUAUCAAGAUACUUGCCCUGAUGCAGAAAGGAUCAUCUAUGCAUGGGUGCAGAAAGUUUUGACUGAUGAACCGCGGAUGGCUGCUUCACUUCUUCGCCUCCAUUUUCAUGACUGCUUUGUCAAUGGUUGCGAUGCUUCUGUUUUAUUAGAUGAUACAGAUACAUUCACUGGCGAAAAGAAUGCAGAUCCUAAUAUCAACUCUCUGAGAGGGUUUGAGGUGAUUGAUGCAAUAAAAAGUGACCUUGAGUUUGUGUGUCCUGGGAUAGUUUCAUGUGCUGAUAUUCUAGCAACUGUGGCGCGCGACUCUGUCGUUCUGUCUAAUGGACCAGGGUGGGAUGUUCAGAUGGGAAGAAAAGAUAGCUUGACUGCUAGCUUUAACGACACAAAUAACAACCUUCCAUUCCCAAAAGAAGACUUGAACACCCUCAUCAACAAAUUCCAAAAAGCUGGCCUUGACAUAGUGGACAUGGUUGCUCUCUCAGGUGCACACACAAUUGGUCAAGCUAGGUGCUCUACUUUCAACGCUACUCUGCAGGCUCGCAGUAGCUCUGCUGAGCCAGGCGACCAAGAUUUUCUAGCGUCGCUAGCACAGUUUUGCUCCAGCUCUCCAGAUAGCGACAAUCCUCUAGCACCUUUCGACCUGGUGACCCCAGCAACAUUUGAUAAUCAGUACUUUAUUAACCUGCUAUCAGGUGAAGCUGUCCUACCAUCUGAUCAUGCCCUUGUAGCAGGAAACAGUCCUACACUCGAAAUUGUCGAAGUAUAUGCACGCGACCAACAGUCUUUUUUCACGGAUUUCACAAGAUCAAUGCUUAGAAUGGGAAGCUUGAAUCCACUUACUGGAGAAAACGGUCAGAUCCGCCGCAACUGCAGGGUCAUUAACUAA